AUGUCGCGCGGGACGGUCCAGGCCCACCGCGUGGUCCCGCACAACGAGGCGGCCUCGAGGGUGCCCCCGCAGCCAGUGCCGCAGGCGACGCAGAAGCAGGAGACCGAGUUCGUCCACACCAUCGAGGAGUCCUUGCAGCAAGGUGAGCUGGCGCAGGCGCUGUGGGACCAAUACGCCAGGCGGGCGGAGGAGCUGCUGAUCACCAUGCCCCUGGAGAAGGUGCUGCGCGUUCUGAAGGCCUUCGUCCUCGCCGGCUACCGGGGCAGCGGGCUCUUCCUUCACAUCGGCGGCGAGCUGGCCAAGGAGGCGAAGAACGCCUCCACGGUCCGCCUGGUCCAGAUUUUCCACUGGAUCUCCCGGGCUGGCCUUCGCGACCAGACGCUCAUGCAGCUGCUGGGGAACGAGACGCUGCUGCGAUUCAACGACGACCUGGCUUUCGAUAUGCUCCUGGAGAUCCUCAACGUGCACGCCAAGCUGGACCUGAAGAGCCCGCGGCUCAUCGGUGCGAUCCUCCGCGAGCUGGGCCCCGCCUGCGCCGAGCUCACCCUGGACCAGUGCUGCGCGCUGGCGCCCCUCGCGGUCAUGAACAUCCUCGACGACCAGACCCGCGGCGCCUACCUGGCGCGCUGCGCCGAGCUGGACGUCGGCCGGCCGGUGGCGAUGACGAAGCCCGCCGUGCUCCGCCAGUUCCGGCUGCUGGCGGACACCUGCCGCGCACCCUUUUCGGGAGCGUCCAGCGAGUCCGAGGCGGGGUAG